UGCCCAUCUCUGCUGGUUGCAGCGCAGGCUUCCUGUCAAAUUCAGUUUGGAGCACAGAGUGGAGGGCCACACAGGAGAUUCCUCACUCUGUGGACAUGGGCAGCAAUGGCAAGCGGGCUGGCCACCACACCUAUCAAUCCUUCACGGAGGAUGACCUCUUUGGGUUUGUGGAGCCACCCAGAAGAUCCACAGGUAGACUCAUCAUGCACAGCCUCGCCAUGUUCGGCCGAGAGUUUUGCUAUGCAGUGGAGGCAGCCUACGUGACCCCGGUGCUGCUCAGCGUGGGCCUGCCCAAGAGUCUGUACAGCGUAGUGUGGAUCCUUAGUCCCGUCCUGGGAUUUGUGCUGCAACCCGCGGUAGGCUCAGCCAGCGACCACUGCCGAUCCAAGUGGGGUCGCCGGAGACCCUACAUUCUUUCCCUGGCCAUCAUGAUGCUCUUGGGCCUGACUUUGUAUCUCAAUGGAGAUGGUGUAGUAUCAGCUUUGACUGUUAACCCAAAGAAGAAGCUGGUUUGGGCCAUAAGCGUCACCAUGACAGGUGUGGUUCUCUUUGAUUUUGCUGCUGACUUCAUUGAUGGGCCCAUCAAAGCCUACUUAUUUGACGUCUGCUCCCAUCAAGACAAGGAGCGGGGUCUCCACUAUCAUGCCCUCUUCACAGGCUUUGGCGGUGCCCUGGGUUACCUCUUGGGUGCUGUAGACUGGGCCCAUCUGGAACUGGGAAGAGUGCUGGGCACAGAAUUUCAAGUCAUGUUCUUCUUCUCUGCCUUGAUGCUUACUUUCUGUUUUACUGUUCAUCUGUGCAGUAUACCUGAAACCCCACUUACAGAUGCUGCAGAAGACAUUUCCCCACCACAAACCCCUCAUGACCCCCCAUCGUCGUCAGAGGGAAUGUAUGAAUAUGGAUCUAUCAAGAAAGUUAAAAACGGUUAUGUUAACCCAGAGCUGGCAAUGCAGGGAGGAAAAAACAAAAGUCCACCUGAACAGCCUCGGAGGGCAAUGACCAUGAAGUCACUUCUGAGAGCGCUGGUGAGCAUGCCUCCCCACUACCGCUGCCUUUGUAUCAGCCACCUCAUCGGAUGGACUGCCUUCCUGUCCAACAUGCUCUUCUUCACAGAUUUCAUGGGCCAGAUCGUGUACCACGGGGAUCCAUACAGCCCACACAACUCCACAGAGUUUCUCAUCUAUGAGAGAGGGGUGGAGAUUGGGUGUUGGGGCUUGUGCAUCAACUCUGUGUUUUCUUCAGUUUAUUCUUACUUUCAGAAAGCUUUGGUAUCCUACAUCGGCUUAAAGGGUCUUUACUUCAUGGGGUACUUGCUGUUUGGCUUAGGGACAGGAUUUAUAGGACUCUUCCCAAAUGUGUACUCCACCCUGAUCCUGUGCACCUCGUUUGGAGUUAUGUCCAGCACUCUGUACACCGUGCCCUUUAACCUCAUCACUGAGUACCACCAUGAGGAGGAGAAAGAGAGGCAGCAGGCCCCAGGAUGGAGCUCAGGCAGCAGCAGCAGCACUGAACGUGGGAAGGGUGUGGACUGUGCAGCUCUCACCUGCAUGGUGCAGCUGGCUCAGAUUCUGGUUGGAGAUGAAGAAACUAAGGCGGAGAGGAAUCAAACAACUUAUCUGAAGCUACACAACUGCAGGUGGCACAGCUGGUCUUUGAACCCAGGGCCUCUGUCUCUGCUGCUUCCUUAUGGACAGCACCUAAUUUGGCGGCUGCUCACUGACUGAUAACAAGCUGUGGUCAUGGCUGCUGAAGACACAUUGUCCCAUUCUGCAUCCCUAGGUCCACCCAGUCUUUUACAAUUGCUUACUGACAUGAAUUAAUACCUAACUAGUGCAAAAUGAAGAUUUAUCUACCUGUCAUUAAAAGCUUAGAAAGUUAUGCUUUUCCUCUCCUAUCUUAUCUUGGAGUCUGGGUAGUAUGGUUAUUGCCCCAGGUGAAUUUCUAGCUGACCAAACCCUUCAGGUUAUAAAGGAAAUUGAGAAAGGAAAUGCACUGUCUGGAAAAACUGGGAAACUUGGCUGAGAGGAUGUUACUUCUUGACCAUCUCCUCAUUUCCUUCUUCUCUCCUCUGUGUUCAGUGCUGUGAGAGUCCUUCUGUGCACCUUGGCAUUAGCAUAUCCCUAGCCACACACUCCUCACCACUUUCUACCAUGCAGACACAUAACCUCAUACCCAAAGGUACAGAGGCUCAACAGCGUGCUCUACCUGUGGAAUAUGGGCUCUAGAAGGGUCCCACAGGGGGCCUGUGGAUAGACUCCACACUGUUUGGAUGGGAAUUGUGGGAUCUCAUGUACGGGAACAUAAUCUAGAAUGUAGGGGAGGGGCAUAGCUGGAGGAGUGGGGCAGAGCAAGGUCCUCUAAUGAUGAGAUGCAGGCAGGGCAGUGCCCUGGCUGCCCAGGCCUAGGGGGAAGACUACCAGGCUACAAGAGUUUGCAGAGAGCAGACUGUCAUUGUUUUAGCCUCUUUCCCCUUCCCAAUUUCUCCACCAGUCUCAAAAGGCAGCUGCAUCCUUGUGCCUCGCACUCACUCUCUCCUUCCUGCUACUGCUUGGGUUUUUACCCUGCUACUGCCCAAUGGCCUACUUUUUAUUUAAAGAGCCUGUCUCUGCUGUUGUUUCAUUAUCAUCCCUGUGACUGGGCUGGAGUUUCUGCAACACCCUCAAAUCCCUUCUUUUUUCUUGUACUAUUGCCCAUUGUAGCAGAAGAAUACACACUGACACACAUUCCUAAGAAUUGAUGAGCUACCCUAAUAGGAUGAACAGUAUUCUAUUGUCCAAACUAAAGGACCAACUUGCUCUAAUAAGCAUCUUUCAGUAAGAGUCUAGAAUUGGCAAUAUGCAUGCAUAUCCUGCCAUGGUAGUAGGUGGUUUAUCUUUUCUCAUGUUGAUUUUUCAUGUAUUUUGUAUUUGGGGAGGUUAGGGAGUUUAUAUUUCAAUUACUACAGUUGCUAACCAAUAUUAAUAACAAGUUUUAUCUAUGAGAAAUAGAGGAAGAGUAAAAUGACUACUUUUGAAACAGAUGCACUGAUCUAUUUUCUGAAAGGCAACUUCUUGAGAUCUGUCAGGAUUGAGAUCAGGCAGCUUUUAUUUCUGUGGAAAUUUAUAUGAAUAUUUAUUGUACUGUAUUGUAUUACAGACAGUGGAAUAAAUAAUUUCAGAGUUUUAGAUCUCGUAUUUUGAGCCUCAAAUCUCAGACAUUACAGAAAAUUUCAAAAAAAUUACUAAAGAAUUCUACAUCUUAUGAAACCAUUUAGACAUAUUUUUAAACCAUUUAGACACAUUUAUUGUAUUAAAAUGGUUACAUUUAAAGGUGUCUGUAUUAGUCUGCAUUACCAGUUUCUUGAGCCCCAAACCAAAUAACCAAAGAAAACUGUAGCACCUGUAUCAAUCCUGGCAGGUGGAUGGGUGUGUUGAUAUUUGAUCUCAGUUUUCAAAACAGCUUCAAGAAAGAAUUUGUGAGAAUCUUAACAUCUUAAGUUGCUACUCAGUCACAGUCAUAAGAAAUGUGAGUUACAUUCAGAGACAACCCCAUUGGCUGUGUGGAAGUUAGAGAAGAAUUCAGCAUGCAUAUGCCAUGUGCAAAGCAUUCUUUACAAUAAAAGGAAGUUAGUUAA